GACUCUCCUGCCGUCUCUCUCCCACCGUAUUUUCCUCUCCUUCCUUCCCCACCCCUUUGCUUUUCUUCAUGUCAAUACAUAUCCUCGGCCUGGGCAACUUAGCUAAGCUGCUCGCCCAUUCACUGAGGACGAAUCACCCACAGCUCCCCAUUACCCUGCUCUUCCACCGCGAGUCUCUGGUCAAAGAGUGGGACGAUGCCGGGAGGGAGAUUGAGAUAGUGAGGGGUGGUGUGAGGAGCAGGAGGGGUGGGUUUGGCGUAGAGGUGCUUCCGACGGGUUCGUCAUCGAUUGGUCCGGGUUUGAGGGACUUCAGGAAGGCAGCGGAUGGAAUGAGUGAGAACAGAGUAGGACAGAUUGAGAAUCUGAUUGUGGCGACGAAGGCUGGGGCUACGGUGGAGGCGGUGAGGACCGUAAGGGCGAGGUUGGGGAGGGAGAGUACGGUGUUGUUUUUGCAGAAUGGGAUUGGCACUAUCGAUCAAGUCGCAAAGCACGUGUUCCCCAACCCAGCAUCCAGACCGGCCUUCCUAACCGGCAUCUUCAAUCAUGGCGUCUACGCCACUUCGACUUUUUCAUCCGUCCAUGCUGGACUCGUAAAUGCCUUUGUCGGGCCAGCAUUCCUGGGCCUGGGAGACCUUAAGCCACAGGACGUCUCUACGACCUCUACGACUCCUACUUCUACCACCACUACUCCGACCUCAGCGCCUUCUUCACCACCCCAAGAACCCCCCUUCCUCGCCCAAACCCUCCUCUCCUGCCACGAACUCGACACCCGCCUCGUCCCGGCCCACCACCUCCUCACCAUCCAACUCCGCAAACUCGCCGUCAACGCCACCAUCAACCCGCUCACCGCAAUCUUCAACGUCACCAACGGCACCCUCUUCGCAUCCGCUGAAGGCCGACAUCUCAUCGACGCGCUCCUGAGAGAAUUCUGCGACGUCAUCCAGUGCGUCGUUUCCACCAUCAUUACUAGUAACGCCGUAGACAGGGACGCAGAGGACAUGCGCAGGGAGUUCGAGUUCGAAAGGGUGAAAAAGGCGGUAUAUGAGGUCGGUGCCUUGACGGCCGAGAACAGCACUAGUAUGAGGCAGGAUGUGAAUGCGGGGCGGACGACGGAGAUUGAUGUUAUCAAUGGGUGGCUUGUUAGGACUGGGAGGGCGUUUGGGGUGGAUGUGAGUGUGAAUGAGAGGGUGGUGCGGUUGGUGGAGGAGGGGAGGAGGGUGGGCUUAGAUGGGGAGAGUGUGGGGAGGGCGUUUGGAGAUUUGUGUUGA